CUCCGUUCCCACCUCCCCUUGCCCCCCAACCCCGAUUUGUUGCUACAGCCGCUCAUCCAUCAUCACUCCUUCACAAAGGCUCUAUCUCCUUUGUCUUCUUCAUCACAUCUCUCUCCUCCAACUUGACCCCCAUUACACCGAAUCAUAAUGGCUACCGGCAAGCUCGCGUCUGACUACGAGGCUUGGAAGAAGCUCCAGGCUCUUUACCAAUCCAAGCGCUCAAGCUAUGUCCUCAAGGACCUCUUCGCUGCCGACCCCGAGCGCUUCUCCAAGUACUCUGUCGAGUUCAAGACGAGCGCUCCUGCCGUGGACAUUCUCCUCGACUACUCGAAGAACCUCAUCGACACUGAGGUCCUCGCCGGCCUCUUCGCCCUCGCGCGUGAGGCCAAUGUCGAGCAAUUCCGUGACGACAUGUUUGCCGGCAAGCACAUCAACACUUCCGAGGACCGUGCCGUUCUUCACAUCGCCCUCCGCAACCCCCCUGUCUCUGAGGGCGGCUGGGACAUCAAGGAGGAGGGCGCGACUACUGGCGUCCAGGAGGUCCUCGCCCACAUGAAGGAGUUCUCCGAGCAGAUCCGCUCUGGCUCCUGGAAGGGCUACACCGGCAAGGCCAUCAACACGAUCGUUAACAUCGGCAUUGGUGGCUCCGACCUCGGCCCCGUCAUGGUGACCGAGGCUCUCAAGCACUACAGCCAGCGCAACCUCCAGCUUCACUUCGUCUCCAACAUUGACGGCACCGACCUUGCGGAGGUCCUGCGCCAGUGUGACCCCGAGACGACUCUGUUCAUCGUCGCCAGCAAGACGUUCACCACCCAGGAGACCAUCACCAACGCGGAGAGUGCCAAGGAGUGGUUCCUUACUUCCGCCAAGGACAAGGCCCAUGUCGCCAAGCACUUCGUUGCCCUUUCUACCAACACCGAGGGCGUCACUGCUUUCGGUAUCUCCGAGGCUAACAUGUUCCAGUUCUGGGACUGGGUCGGCGGCCGCUACUCGUUCUGGUCGGCCAUCGGCCUCUCGAUCGCUAUCAGCAUUGGCUUCGACAACUUCCGCGAGGUCCUGAACGGUGCCCAUGAGAUGGACAAGCACUUCAAGUCCACCAAGCUGGAGGAGAACCUCCCCGUUAUCCUUGCCCUCGUCGGCAUCUGGUACAACGACUUCUACGGUGCCCAGACCCAGGCCCUCCUGCCUUACGACCAGUACCUCCACAAGUUUGCCGACUACUUCCAGCAGGGUGACAUGGAGUCGAACGGCAAGACUGUGACCAAGGACGGCAGCCGCGUCGACUACGAAACUGGUCCGAUCAUCUGGGGCCAGAGCGGAACGAACGGCCAGCACGCCUUUUAUCAGCUUAUCCACCAGGGCACUAAGCUCAUUCCAUGUGACUUCUUGGCGCCCGCUGAGACCCUUAACCCCAUUGCCGGCGGCAAGCACCACGAGAUUCUCCUGUCCAACUUCUUCGCUCAGCCCGAGGCUCUCGCGUUUGGCAAGACCGAGCAGCAGGUUGUCCAGGAGCUUGGCCCCAAGCAGUCGCAGAACGCGGCCUUGGUCAAGUCGAAGAUCUUUGAGGGCAACAAGCCCACCAACUCGAUCCUCUUCCAGAAGCUCACCCCUGGCACCCUUGGUGCCCUUGUCGCCCUUUACGAGCACAAGAUCCACGUCCAGGGUGCUAUCUGGGGCAUCAACUCCUAUGACCAGAUGGGUGUCGAGCUCGGCAAGGUUCUCGCCAAGGCGAUCCUCAAGCAGCUGCCUGACCCCAAGGAUGUCACCGGCCACGACAGCUCGACCACUGGCCUCAUCCACUGGUACCAGGCGCACCGCAACAAGUAGGCGCUGAUAGAGCUGGCCUGGAAUGAGAUGUACCAACGACGAAAAAACAAAAGAUUAGUUCUGUAGAACCUACUACAUACGAAGCCAUUCUAUGCAGCAGUUAGGUGUA